AUGGGGGAGCUGGCGCUGGCCCUCCUGGCUCUCGCCACCCUGCACAGUGCCGGGGCAGCAGAGCCCCCAGAGAACAACUCGGAGCCUGGCAAGAGCAGCUCAGCGGGGAAACCCUGGAAAGCAGCUCCCAGCCUGGCAGACCUUGACCUGGACACUGCAGGCAAAGGAGCCGAGUGGACAUCUUGGUUCAACAUCGACCACCCAGGGGGGACGGGGGACUACGAGAGCCUGGAGGCCAUUCGCUUUUACUACCGUGGGCGCGUCUGUGAGCGGCCAGUGGCCAUCCAGGCCCGGACCACCGAGUGGGAGCUGCCUGAGGAUGUGGGUGAGGUGGUCCAUGCCAGCCCCAAGAAGGGCUUUCGUUGUGUCAACAAGGAGCAGCCACGAGGCAAGACCUGCUCCAACUACCACAUCCGCUUCCUCUGCCCGCUGGAGCACAUCUACUGGUCUCACUGGUCGUCCUGGAGCCCCUGCUCCCGCAGCACCUGCGGCACCAGCGGCACCCAGACCCGCACCCGCCGCUGCGUCAGCGCCCGGCUCGCGGCCGUGCUCAAGGAGCUCAAGUGCAAAGGCAAAGCCGUGGAGCGCCGGCCCUGCAGCGCUGGGCCCUGUCCAGAGCCGGUGUGGAUGGAGUGGGGCAGCUGGAGCCCCUGCUCUGGCAGCUGUGGCAGCGCUGGCACACGCAUCCGGCGCCGGAACUGCAAGAAAGCCAAGAAGAUGUCGUGCACCGGCCGUCCCACCGAGGUGCAGAAAUGUCCCCCCUCACCCUGCCCAGCCUGCCCCGGGCACAUGCUGCACGGCACCGUCAUCUCCAGCACUGGCAUGGCACUGCCAGACGCCCACAUCUACCUGGAGGGACGCCCACCAGUGCUGCUGACCCGCAGCGAUGCCCACGGGCGCUUCUCCGUGGAGGGGCUGUGCCAGGGCACCAACGUCAGCGCCCACCGCGAUGGCUUCGCGCCGGGACUGGCGCCCGUCGUCUCCAACGGCUCCGGCCAGGCUGUGGCACACGUGGUGCUGCAGAGGAUGGAGAAGCCCUACAUGGUGCUGCAGCCCAAGGCCAAGGUGAGGCUGGCUGGGCAGGAGGCGACCUUCUGCUGCAAAGCCUCGGGCACCCCCGUGCCCAAGAAAUAUUACUGGUACCAUAACGGGACGCUGCUGCAGAGGAAGGUGCAUCGGUACGGCAGCCGGCUGGUGCUGCGGGGACUGGCACCGGAGCAGGCUGGCACCUACCACUGCAAAGCCAGCACCGAGGCUGGGGCCAUCAAAUCAGUGCCAGCACAGCUCACCGUGCUGGCCCAGGGCCAGCAGAGCUGCAAGCCGGAGCCUGAGCCCAGCCUGGUGGAGCUGCCCAGCGAGUGCCCGCAGGACGCCGCCGGCUCCCGCUACUACAACGUGGGCCGCUGCCCUCCUGCCCCAUGUGCCAGCAGCAACACUGACCCGCCGGGCUGCGGGGAGGACGCUGGGCACUGCUGCGGCGUGCGCAGGAUGGAGACCAGGGAGAUCCCCUGCGCCGGCUCCCUGCUGCCCAUCAAGGUGGUGGCGGAGUGCGGCUGCGGGCCCUGCGCCCACCCCCGCGUGCUGGUGCAGGGCAGGGUGACGGCGGCCGACACCGGCGAGCCCCUGCGCUUCGGGCAGAUCUUCCUGGGCAGGAGGAAGGUGGGUUUCACCGGUUACAAAGGCUCCUUCACCAUCGAGGUGCCGCCGGACACGCAGCGCUUGGUGGUUCGCUUCGUGGACCGGCAGCAGAGGUUCGUGGAUGCCGUCAAGGUCUUGCCCUUCAACCGCCGCGGCGGUGCCGUGUACCAAGAGGUCAAGAUGCUGAGGAAGAAAGAGCCGGUGGAGUUGGAUGGCAGCCGGAGCAACGCCAUCCCGCUGGGCGAGGCGAGCGGCCGGGAGCCCGUCGGGGAGCUCGUCCUUCCCGCCGGCGCUUUCCUCCGUCCCUCUGGGGAGGUCUUUGAGGGGAAGGUCAAAGCCAGCGUCACCUUCCUGGACCCAAGGGACGUGGCCACGGCCAGCGCCGCCUCCAGCGACCUCAGCUUCGCCGACGCCGAGGGGGAGAUCGUCCCCCUGCGCACCUACGGCAUGUUUGCCGUGGAGUUCCGCGAAGGGGAGAGCGGCGCGGCGCUGCAGACGGGGCCGGUGCAGGUGAGGAUGGAUGCAGGGCAGGUCUGGAUGCCCGAGCACCUGAGCAAGAUGAAGCUGUGGUCCUUGAACCCUGAGACUGGUUUGUGGGAGGAGGAAGGGAUCCUCCGCCCGGCUUGGGGGAGUCGAAGGAAAAGAGAGGAGAGAACCUUCCUGGUGGGAAACCUGGAGAUCCGGGAGCGCCGUCUCUUCAACCUGGACGUGCCCGAGGACCGUCGCUGCUUCGUCAAGGUCAGGGCUUACAGCAACGAGAAGUUCAACCCCUACGAGCAGCUGGAAGGGGUUGUCAUCAGCCUCAUCAACCUGGAGCCACAACCUGGUUAUCCCACCAACCCCCGGGCAUGGGGUCGCUUCGACAGCGUGGUGACGGGUCCCAACGGCGCCUGCCUGCCCGCCUUCUGCGACGGCCAACGGCCCGACGCCUACUCGGCUUACGUCACGGCCACGCUGGGUGGGGAGGAGCUGGAAGCCGUGGCCUCCAGCCCCAAACUCAACCCCAACGCCGUCGGGGUGUCCCAACCUUACUUGGGUAAGCUGGGUUACCGCCGAUCGGACCAUGAUGACCCCAACCUGAAGAAGACAGCUUUCCAAAUCAACGUGGCCAAGCCUGACCCCAACAACGUUGACGAGACCAACGGUCCCAUCUACCCCUACCGCAGCCUGGAGGAGUGCGAGGAGGCACCGGCCAGCGCCAACCACCUCCGCUUCUACCGCGUGGAGGUGGACAAGUACGAGUACAACGUGGUGCCCUUCAAGGAGAGCGACCUGACCUCCUGGACAGGCGACUACCUCUCGUGGUGGCCCAACCCUCAGGAGUUUCGGGCUUGUUUCAUCAAGGUGCAGAUCGAAGGGCCUCAGGAGUACAUGGUGAGGUCUCGGAACGUCGGGGGUAGCCACCCCCGUACCCAGGGGCAGCUCUAUGGGUUACGUGACACCCGGAGCGUGAGGGACAUGCUGCUGGACAACACCUCGGGAGCCUGUGUGGAGUUCAAAUGCAGCGGGAUGCUCUUUGACCAGAGCCUGGUAGAUCGCACCUUGGUGUCCAUCAUCCCCCAAGGCAGCUGCCGCCGCACCGCCGUCAACAGCCUCCUCCGGGACUACCUGAGCCGUCACCCGCCCGUGGCGGACAACAACCACACGGCCGCCUUCACCAUGCUGGCACCGGUCGACCCUUUGGGUCACAACUACGGCAUCUACACGGUGACGGACCAGAACCCGCGCUUGGCCAAGGAGAUCGCCAUCGGCCGCUGCUUUGACGGCACCUCCGACGGCUUCUCCAGGGAGAUGAAAGCGGCCACGGGCACGGCCGUCACCUUCAGCUGCCAGGAGCGGCCGGCGGGCCGCCAGAGCUUCUUCCAGCGCCUGCUGACGGCCCCGGCAGAGGCUUUGGCAGAGAUCCGGCGGGAGAUGGGCAGCAGCGAGAUGCGCCGGGCUCCCCCCGACGUGAUGGACUUUGCCUCCGGUGCCCUGGCACCCGCAGCCACUCGUCGGACCCCCGGCAGCCGGCGAAGGGUGGCUCAGAGCCGGGGGCAGCUGUGA